AUGCUGCUGGCUGUAAUCAGAACCACCUACACACAGGCGACUACAUUGCCCUGGCGCAUGCCCGCGCCGCACCGGGGCGCCUCGCAGCAGCAGCAACAGCAGCAGCAGGAGCAGCAGCGCUGGGGCCACCCAUCGCUGCUGGGCUCUACAGCAGCAUGGGCGGCGCCGGGCGGCCCGUGGCAGCAGCACGCGCGGCGCGGCAUGUUCAUCCAGACGCAGCCGACGCCCAACCCCCAGAGCCUCAUGUUCGUGCCUGGGAAGCCCGUGAUGCAGAGCGGCAGCUUUGAGUUUGCCAGCGCGCGUGCUGCAAUGGCCUCUCCCUUAGCCAAGCGGCUCUUCGCCAUCGACGGCGUCACAGGCAUCUUCUACGGCAGCGACUUCGUGACUGUCACCAAAAGCGACGACGUUGCGUGGGCCGUGCUGAAGCCUCAGGUGUUUGCGGCCAUCAUGGACCACUACACCGCGGGCGACCCCCUGUUCACGGACGAGAAGACGCUUGCGGCCUCUGACACAGCCAUCCACGAGGACGACGACGAGGUGCGGGCGCACGCGCGAUGCUGA